CGCGUUUUUUUCAUCGCCAUAUUGGGCGCCGAAAAGCCUCGCCUUGUUAUUUCUCUUCCCCUUUUUUUUUACUACGAGCGCAGUUGACAGGAGUGGCCAUCGCGAACGCUGCUUUUGUUUUGAUGCUCGUCGCCCGUCCGUGUUUCUCGCUCAUGCGGCGCACCCGGGGCGAGUCUGCCUUCACGCCCGUCGCUUUGGAUCGUGUCAACGCAGGAGGGAACGCUCUGUAACAGCUGUCGGGUUUGUGUUUUCGCACUUGAACGCCUUAAAAUGUCCAACGUUCGCUUGUCUAACGGCAGCCCGACGCUGGAACGGAUGGAGGCGCGACUGUCCGACCAGCCCAAGCCGACGGCGUGUCGGAACCUGUUCGGUCCGGUGGAUCAUGAAGAGUUAAAAAAGGACUUCCAGCGGCAGCUGAAGGCGAUGGAGGACGCGUCGACGGACGCGUGGAACUUCGACUUCUCCACGCACACGCCGCGCGCCGACGGCAGAUACCAGUGGGAAGCGCUGGACAUCCGGUCGGUGCCCGGUUUCUACAGCAGAUCGGUGCGGGCGAAGGGCUCCGAUCUUCACAUUUGCUCCUCUGGGAAUAAUAACGACAAUAACGUGGAUGUUAACGGCAAUCACGACUGUCGGGUAACGGAGCAGAGCGCGGAGACGCCCGAAAAAGACCGAGAGCACAGGAAAAGAGCCUCCUGUCUCGACUCCUCGUGUCAAAGCAAACGCUCACACAUAUGUGUGGAUGAAGUGACGCGGACGCCGAGAAAACCCAAAACACCCCGAAAACACCCCAGCCCCACACUUACAUAAACCCAGAGAGGGCUGAAGUUGAUGCUGUGGCUUUGAUGACCUCAGUGCUUGCUGAACGAAGAUUUUUUUUUUGAUGUUUUUGGGGGUUAGAAACGGACGAGCGAAUGGAGGAACGAGUGGAAAAUAAAACAUAUCAACUCUAAGAGUGUGUUCAAGCACUGAAACAAACGCUAAAGUUCUGGCACUCAAGAAAAAAGCAACUGCCUCGUAAAGCAGUGUAUGUAGCAGUGUGCAAUUAGGUUGAAUUUCCUUUUUUGCUCAUUUUUGUUUUUCUUACUACCUGUGUAUAUAAAUAUAUAUAUUUGUUCCUUUUCAUAUGUAGCACAUAAUUAGUAUUAUGUUGGAAUUUUUUUUCUUUUUUUUCUUUUCUUUUUUUUUCUUCUUCUUUGGAGGUGUGAGUUUGGUUUGACUUGAAGAGCCACCGUUGCCGUGUGUAGAUUAUUUCCAAAAUGCUGUUCAUGUUUAUUUCACAUUUUGAAGGUCUGUUUUUAAACACUUUUUUUUUUUUUUUUUUUUCACAUGAGGUACACUAAAUACCAGUUCUAAGAAUGGAUCCGGUUGGAUCUGAACAUCUCAAAAGGUUUUGUUUUUAGUGUUUUUUUUUUUUUUUUUUUUUUUUUGAAGGUGAUGUAAAAGUUCAAACUCUGAGGUCAAACCUUGUAGCGUCGACCAGUAUUACCAGUAUCAGGCACUUCUGUGGAGGAGAAACGUCUCUCACCCUCUUAAAUUAUUUCUGUAAUUUGCGUGACGUUUUCUACUGAGAUUUUUUUUUUUUUUUUUUUUUUCACUUUUGUUUGACUCAGUCACCCUUGUUUUCUUCAUAUAAGCGGGCGUUUCGCUCCAGCAAGCGUAUGCAUCUAAAACACUCGACAUAUAGAUUCUGUGGUGAAACCUGAUGCAUAACUGUAUUUAUAAAGUAAAUAUUAAUAUUUGAUUUACACUGCCUGUGUAUUUGUGUAAACUUUGAAAUGUACCUGUGUACAUAACUUUGUAAAAACACUGAGAAAAUUAACUAACUUAUUUAUGUCAAGCUUUUUUUUUUUUUUGGAAAUUAAAAAUGGGUUUUUGGUCAAGGUUUGAGUCGUUAUCUUUGUAAAUGCUUUUUUUUUUUGGGGUAGUUUCUUUUUUCUUAAUUUUUUAAAAAUAUUUUAACAAUUUGUAAAAGGUUGCAAACUGAGCCUGAUUAAAAUAUUUGAUAAGUGCUUUUUUUGUCAUGUGUGGUUAUACAAUGUGCUGCAAUCAAUUAAAAGAGAAUUAAAUUAUUUCAACCCA